AUGGCAGGCUACGAGUGCGUGCGAGUCUCCGAGAAGUUGGACUUCGACACGUUCGAAUUUCAAUUUGAAAAUUUGCACUACGCCACGGAGAGGCACCGGACGUACGUGAUAUUCGACGUCAAGCCUCAGAGUGCGGGGGGCCGGAGCCGACGUCUGUGGGGGUACAUCAUAAAUAAUCCCAACGUCUGCCAUGCCGAACUGAUCCUGAUGUCGAUGAUCGACCGCCAUUUGGAGAGCAAUCCAGGCGUGUACGCAAUGACGUGGUACAUGUCGUGGAGUCCGUGCGCCAACUGUUCGUCGAAGCUGAAUCCUUGGCUCAAAAAUCUCCUGGAGGAACAGGGCCACACGCUGAUGAUGCACUUCUCGCGAAUCUACGAUAGAGACAGAGAGGGAGACCACCGUGGGCUCCGUGGCCUUAAGCACGUGUCCAACAGCUUCCGAAUGGGGGUCGUGGGGAGGGCGGAGGUGGAGGAGUGUCUGGCGGAAUACGUGGAAGCAAGUAGACGCACGCUCACGUGGCUUGACACGACCGAGAGCAUGGCGGCCAAGAUGCGACGCAAACUUUUUUGCAUCCUGGUAAGGUGUGCGGGGAUGCGUGAGUCUGGCAGCUCCUACACCAAGUCGUGCGUCUCAACCUGCACGGCUGCGAACUUCAACCUGUACGUGGCCAACACGAAGAUCUCCUGCUGCAACAGCGACCUGUGUAACGUGUCCGGCUCCCCGCGAAGUGUGGCUUCCAUUGUCGUGGCCAUGACGAUGACUCUCAUCGGCAGCGCGGUGUGCUUCUAA